UAUAAAAUGGCAAAAUAAGAUGCAAAAAAUAAUAAAAGAGAUCGUAGUCCAGUGGCUGUAUCAAAUAUAUCUAUAAUAUAGGAAAUGAAAAUUUGGUAAGAAGCAGUUAGAAAAGAGAAUUAACACUUAAAAGUUUAUGAACAUUUUACUAUCAACCCACAUAAAUGUAUUUGCAACUGUUAAUCCUAAAUUUAGUAUACAUAAUCCAAGAGAAACCUAAUAAUAGUAUCAUGUUGUAAAAACAUCUUGAGAAAACAGGAGCCAUUACAAAACCAGUAUUUGAUGUUAAUCAAAUUACUGAUGAUUCUCCUCCUUUAGAGAGUAAUAUAAUAUAUAUAUUUUAGAGGAAAUUAUUGAUAAAUUAAAUACAAUGAAUAGAACUCCUCGUCAGAAAUAUUAAUUUCCUUAAACUUCUAAUUAAGAACUUGGAUGGCAUUCUAAAGUAUAUAUAUUUAUUAAUUAAUUAAUUAGAACUCUAAUAGUCUAUCUCCAUCCAAAUUUACAUAUCCUAGAAAAUUGUGUAAAGAAACCAAUUAUGCAAAUGAUUACUUCACUAUGAAUAAAAUCAGUCCAUAUUCUAAUAAAUUUAAAUGAGGC